AUGUCUUUCCAGGAACGCGCCCAGCAGCACAUUUCGCAGCUCGACAAGGAGCUGUCCAAGUACCCUGCCCUCAACAACUUUGAGCAGCAGAGCUCCGUCCCCAAGGUCUACGUUGUCCUCGGUCUCGGUGCCCUCUACUUCUUCCUCAUCUUCUUCAACAUCGCUGGCGAGUUCCUCGUCAACUUUGCUGGCUUCAUCAUCCCUGGUUACUACUCGCUCGAGGCUCUGUUCUCCCAGACCAAGGCCGAUGACACCCACUGGUUGACCUACUGGGUCACUUACGCCUUCUUGACCGUUCUCGAGAGCGCCGUCAACGCCGUCUACUGGUUCCCCUUCUACUACACCUUCAAGUUCAUCCUUGUGCUCUGGAUGUCCCUUCCCCAGACCGGCGGUGCCACCAUUGUCUUCAACUCGCUCCUCCAGCCUCUCUUCGGCCGCUUCUUCAACCGUGGCCCUGUUGAGUCCGCCAAGACCCAGUAA